AUGAAAGCUUUAUUGGAGAAGAAAAAUAUAUUUGUUACUAAAAUCUUGAGAAAACUAGAAGAUCUGCAGGAGCGCGGGAGGCAACUCAUGUACCGAAAAGACAAGUAUAAGCAGAAGGCCAAGGAAUUGGAAGAAGUCCAUGCCGUAGAAAAGCAAAAUGUUGUUAACCUGACUGUUCUUGAAACUCGCUUCAAUUUUCUUAAAGGCCUUGAUCUUUCCUCAUUUGAUCAUGUCAACGCCCUCGCUAUUGCUGAGAAAAAACUAAAGGACGCUCGUGAUCUUCUCGGUGACAUGUUCGAAAAUGAGAAUGCCGAAAAAGAAGAUGAUGAAGAGAAGGUUGAGGAGGAAAGUGAUUCUGGGGAUGCAGUGAAAAACAAACUAAGCAAAGAUCUUACAAUCGGUCAAAAGUCACACGAUUUUUAUCUGCCAAAAGUGAAAACUCCAUGUCCUUCUUAUCUCUUCCUUCUCCGAGCUCUGGUUAUGGAAGAAGGAACCGAGAAGAAGGUAUCAAAGAAAUAACUGUUUUUACGGGGACAGCUCAUGAUGUUCAUAUCGAUCUAUUAUGCGCCUCUGCAUCUAGCAUUGGGUAGGCCUCAUACAAUAACUGUCCUAGCUCUACCAUAUCUUUUGUUUCAUUUCUUCUGGAACAAUCACAAACACUUUUUUGAUUAUGGAUCUACUACCAGAAAUUCAAUGCGUAAUCUCAGCAUUCAAUGUGUAUUCCUGAAUAAUCUCAUUUUUCAAUUAUUCAACCAUUUCAUUUUACCAAGUUCAAUGUUAGCCAGAUUAGUCAACAUUUAUCUCUUUCGAUGCAACAACAAGAUCUUAUUUGUAACAAGUGGUUUUGUUGGUUGGUUAAUUGGUCACAUUUUAUUCAUGAAAUGGCUUGGAUUGGUAUUAGUCUGGAUACGGCAAAAUCAUUCUAUUAGAUCGAAUAAGUACAUUCGAUCUAAUAAGUACCUUGUGUUAGAAUUGAGAAAUUCUAUGGCUCGGAUCUUUAGUAUUCUCUUAUUUAUUACCUGUGUCUACUAUUUAGGCAGAAUACCCUCACCCAUUCUUACUAAGAAACUGAAAGAAGCCUCAAAAACAGAAGAAAGGGUGGAAAGUGAGGAAGAAAGAGAUGUAGAAAUAGAAACUGCUUCCGAAAUGAAGGGGACUAAACAGGAACAAGAGGGAUCCACUGAAGAAGAUCCUUAUCCUUCUCCUUCCCUUUUUUCGGAAGAAGGGUGGGAUCCGGACAAAAUCGACGAAACGGAAGAAAUCCGAGUGAAUGGAAAGGACAAAAUAAAGGAUAAAUUCCACUCUCAACUUACAGAGACAGGCUAUAACAAUAUUAAUACUAGUAAUAGUCCACUUUAUGAUUAUGAGGAUUCUUAUCUGAAUAAUAAUAAGACGGGGAAUCCAGAAAAUUUUAAAUUGCAACUGCUUGAUAAAGAAAAUGAAAAUAAAGAUCUCUUCGGCUUUCAAAAACCUCUUGUGAGUCUUCUUUUCGAUUAUAAUCGAUGGAAUCGACCAUUUCGCUACAUAAAGAAUAAUCGAUUUGAACAGGCCGUAAGAACGGAAAUGUCACAAUAUUUUUUUGACACAUGUAAAAGUGAUGGAAAACAAAGAAUAUCUUUUACAUACCCGCCAAGUCUAUCAGCUCUUUGGAAAAUGAUAAAAAGAAGGCUACCCCUAUUGUCACUCCAAAAAACGCUCCCUAAUGAACUGGACAAUCAGUGGGUUUUUACUAACAAAGAAAAAAGUAAUAAUCUGAAUAAGGAAUUUUUCAAUCGACUUGCAGUACCUAGAGUAUCAAGACCUCUUCAUGAUUGUGGCCUUCUCUUGCUAGAACAUCGGCACACUGAUUUGCCUCCCUCCAAACAUGUCUAA